AUGUACGGAUAUAGAAUGCUGAACAUCACGUUAAAUAAGACCAUAGAAGAAUUAGAAGAAUAUAAAAAGGCAAUAUUUUUCCGGGAACCUCUGGAACGACUUGUUUCUUACUACUAUGGCAUUAUGCAUUACACAUCAGGAUAUUCGGCUAAUAAUAAAAAGUUCGAAAACCUCAUUAUUAGAAGUGGAAUCCGAAAUCAUAGUGUGAUGCAUAGCAAACCUAAGGGAGAUAUUUACAAUAUUACAUUCUCGGAGUUUGCCCAGAUGCUUCUUUUUUACAAAGCAAAUGCCAGUAUUCCAAGUGCUGGUCACUAUCAAAGAGUGGGGUAUAAAUUAUGCCUUCACGAUUAUGACUUUAUUGGGCACUUUGAGACUCUUUCUGAUGACUCUGAAUGUUUUCUCAAGCUAAUCAAUAUCGCCGAUCAAUACAGUUUUCCAAAAAUACAUAUACAGAAGGGCAACAUCAGAUUCAAUGAAUCAUUGAAAAGUUUGCCCCGAAACGUUCUCAGAGAUUUAAUCGAUUUUUAUCGAUUGGAUGAUAACAUUCUUGGGUAUAAAAUUCCUAAAUUUUAA